UUUGCACCCGCAUCGUGAGGAGAUGCUUGCGUUAGAUGUUAACUUUACAUAAGUAAACUUUAGCUGAAGCUUAUUCUGUCGUUAGUUUUCUUUACCAAAUCAAAAUGUCCAAGUGUCUCCGCCUCCUGGUUCUUCUCACACUGGCUCUUGCUGUGGUCUCAAAGAGAGCGAAGAAAAAUGUCCUUUUCAUCAUGGCAGAUGACUUGCGGACAUCAUUGGGCUGCUACGGGGACACCUUGGCAAAAUCCCCAAACAUCGACCAGCUGGCAUCCAGAAGCCAAUCUUUUCUCAACGCAUUUGCACAGCAAGCCGUGUGUGCUCCCAGCCGUACGUCCAUGUUGACCAGUCGCAGACCGGACACCACCAGGCUCUACGACUUCAACUCCUACUGGAGAACCCAUGCUGGGAACUACACAACCAUGCCGCAGUACUUUAAAUCUCAUCGGUACUUCACCGCAUCUGUGGGCAAGAUAUUUCAUCCAGGUGUUCCCUCAAACCACUCCGAUGACUACCCCUACAGCUGGUCCAUCCCUGCCUACCACCCAGCUUCAUUUAGAUAUGAGAACAAAAAGGUGUGUAAAGGAGAGGAUGGUAAUCUCCACGCCAACCUGCUGUGUGCGGUGAACGUGACGGAGCAGCCCGAGGGAACCCUCCCUGACCUGGAGGUCACGGACGAGGCCUUGAGGCUCCUGAAGAGUCGGGUCAACGACGACGUUCCUUUCUUCUUGGCUGUGGGCUUCCACAAGCCACACAUUCCCUUCAGGAUACCUCAGGAGUACCUGAGUCUAUAUCCCCUUGAACAAAUGACUCUGGUCCCGGACCCCGAUGUCCCUGCGAAGCUUCCGACCGUUGCCUACAACCCCUGGAUGGACCUGAGGAAGCGGGACGACGUCCAAAAGCUCAACACCAGCUUCCCCUACGGGCCGAUUCCCAAAGACUUCCAGCUGCGCAUCCGUCAGCACUACUACGCCGCCGUGUCGUACAUGGACGCCCAAGUCGGGCGGCUGCUCUGCGCUCUCGACGAGCUGGGGCUGGCCAACAGCACCAUGGUGGUGUUCACCUCGGAUCACGGGUGGUCAUUAGGAGAACAUGGCGAAUGGGCAAAAUAUUCCAAUUUUGACGUUGCAACGCGCGUCCCGCUCAUCUUCUACGUUCCUGGGGUCACCAGCAACGACUCUCUGCGAGACGCCACCUUUCCCUUCAUUAACGUCCUCGUCCAGUCGGACCUCGUCUUCAAGAAUGAACAAGUUAUCAAGAACGUGGUGGAGCUGUUGGACGUGUUCCCGACCGUCUCCCACAUGGCCGGCCUCAAAGCACCGAAGAUUUGUCCCGAAGUCUGUUUUAAGGAGAAGUUGUGUACAGAAGGACUGGACCAGACCUCCACCUUCACCCAGGGACCAGAGCAGCGGCUUCCAGAAGCCCUCGCGUUCACCCAGUACCCUCGACCCGCUGACACGCCGCAGGAGAACUCUGACCUCCCCGACCUUAAAGACAUAACGGUCAUGGGUUACUCUAUGCGCUCCUGGGACAAUCGAUACACGGUCUGGAUGUCGUUCUACCCUAAAACAUUUACGGUGAACGCGACUGAUGUCCACGGUGGGGAGUUCUACCUGUAUGCAGACGACCCCACUGAGGACAAGAACGUCUACGACGAGUACAUACACGGGGCGAUGAUGAGGAAGAUGGCGAGCCUGCCGCCGACUGCGAGCGUGCCGAUGAGAAUGAGGCAGCAGCUCCUCUACCUCUCAGCGGGGAGGAAGACGCGCAGAGGGCAGGCGUGAUGACGGGAGUGAGAGUGACGGAUGGAGACGAGCGCAAAGAGGACGGACGGAUGAAAGACUACCGAGGACGGGUGGAUUCUGGGAAUAUUUUGUCUAAUAUGAUGCAUAGUUUAAUUUAGUAUUACGUGGCGGCGGCACUAUUAAUCUUUCGGGCUCUGUUCUUCUGGCUCGUGUUCCUCGUGAGGAACUCGUCGACGCGAGUCGGAGAGCGGCGUUUGUUUUCCGAGUGCAAAGCCGAUUCCGACUGGUUUGUGUUCCUGCUGCUGAAACCCGCCUCCGGUGAUUUCAUUGUCGUGUGCCCCGGCAGAAAGUUCCAUACUUUAGUUUUUAUUACUAACAUGUUGUGUGUGUGUGGGGGGGGGGGUCGUCUGCAUCCUGUCUUUAUGCCAAGAGCUUAUUCUAAACUGCCUCAUUCUUAGGGUAGAUAAGAGAAAAAUCUAAUGUUAUAUUUCAAUGAUGAUGCUACUAAUGCUGAACAGCUGACCCCCCCCCCCCCCCCCCUUUGAACAGCUAAAAGGGACUUGCACAGAUUUGCGCUGAAGUGUUAAACAAUAUGACAUUUGUACUUGCACUUUAUGUCACUAGCAGCCGGUCGCCUCCUCCCUCGGUAAACACUCGGUUCGGAUCAAUUUGCAGGACCCGGAAUGAAGAAGUGGGUGAAAUCACCCCCCUCCCCCUCCCCCCCAACAAUAAUUGGAAUGCAAAUGAAACGGACUGGCACGACGUCGUAUCUGUUCCAAUGCGCUGCUGUGGCAAUUUGAGAAGAAAGCAAUUUGGGCUCCAGUUUCAGGUCCAACGACGGCGCGCCGGGAUCCGCUCCGUCGACUUUUAUUACAGGCGAACGCCGGCUUCACGUUAAUGGGAUGCAGAUGAUUCAUGUAAUCAGCAUGGAUCAGAUGUCAGAAGGGAGUCUUAUUGGAUUAGCUCACUUUUCUUUUUCUUUAAAACGGCAGCGAGGUCAACCAGUGGGGGGGCCCUAGUUGACCUCGCUCAGUUAGUUUUUCGGCGGCCUCCUUUAAGCCUUGGACGGGAGCGGUUGGAAUCCGUCCGUCCAGAUGAGCCCAUCCUCCGGUCCGCUGGCAGCUCGGUCUGAUCUGCAGCUUUCUGAGGGGGAAAAAUGUACUUUAACAAAACAGAAAUAAUUAAAAUGUGUAUCUAGGCAAGGCCGUGCUGUUAAUAUAUUUAUGUCUGAUUCCAUAACUGUUCAAUAAAACAAACUAUUUUUGCAGUGA